AUGUCUGAGUUGAGAUCCAGGGUACGCUGUAAGAGAGCAGGGAUCCGGGCAGCCGUGGCUCUCAUCGGACUCCUGCAUCGCUCUCGCAAAAGAGAGAGACUCCGAACCAGAGAAUGCCAGCGGAAGCAGGAGAUGCUGACCAUCUCCAGUGUUCCCCUGGCAGACUGCCCACCAUCUCCCCCAAGAACUGCUCCUCCUGUCCUGAAGAGUGGACAGUUCUUCGACUCACUGGAAAAAAUGGAGCAGGUAUCUGAGGUGGAUGAGAUAAGGCCGGUCUCAGAGAGAGUAAGGAAUGAUUAUAUAAGUAUCGAACAGGUGCUACAGAAAGGUCCACCGUAUCCUCAGGUCAUUCUUCCAAGGUUUGGGGGCUACUGGAUUGAAGACUCAGAGACCUCAGUCUUCAGCCCAAACUCAGGGGAGAAUGGCUGGUGUUAUGAGGAAGAUGAAGAAGAAGUGAACAUAGAUGGCGAGUUUGGAUAUCAUCUGGAAAAUAACUAUGCCAUACAAGCCUACCGAAAGCACUUUCUGGGCAGAGAACAUCUUAAUUUUAUUUGCACAGCCAGCAACAAUGGCAACCUCAUCCUGUCCCUCAGACAUGAAGAGAGGAAUGAUCAGGAGCAUCUGCACAUCAUUCUGAGAACUCCAUCAAAGACCAUCUAUGACAGGAUCUCUGUGGCAGGGCUGACAGAAUUCCCCAGUGUCCCUCAGUUAGUAAAGCUGCUGUGUGAAGACACUGCUUGCAUGAAAUUCAGCCCUGUUUUGUACCCACGGGGAUCCCAGUUGAUAGUGGACUAUGAUGAGCAUGAGGUUAACAACACUUUUAAGUUUGGCGUCAUCUACCAGAAGUUUGGUCAGACAUCAGAAGAGGAGCUUUUUGGGAACAAUGAGGAAACUUCUGCUUUUACUGAGUUUCUCCAAGUGCUGGGAGACUGUGUUGAUUUGCAGAAUUUUAAGGGGUUUCGAGGUGGUUUGGAUGUUUGUCAUGGGCAGACUGGCUCUCAAUCAGUUUACACUGUGUUUAGAGGGAAGGAAAUCAUGUUCCACGUCUCUACAAAAUUGCCCUACAAAGAAGGGGAACCACAACAGCUUCAAAGGAAGAGGCAUAUAGGUAAUGACAUUGUGGCAGCGGUUUUCCAAGAAGAGGCCACACCAUUUGUGCCGGACAUGAUCGCCUCUAACUUCCUCCAUGCUUACAUCCUGGUACAGGUGGAAAAUCCUGGUACAGACGACACCACAUACAAGGUUUCUGUAACAGCACGAGAUGACGUCCCACAGUUCGGUCCACCUCUUCCAAAUCCACCAGUCUUCAAAAAGGGAGCAGAAUUCAGGGAGUUUUUGCUGACUAAGCUGAUCAAUGCAGAGCUGGCGUGCUACCGCUCAGAACGAUUUGCCAAGCUUGAGGAGAGAACACGAGCAGCAUUACUUGAUAACCUCCAUAAAGAACUGCACAGACAGACUCAGCUCAUGCUUGCUCAGCCACUCAGCACUGAGGACGAGCGCAUGGAGAAUGGAAGCCAUGGGGGAAUACUUGAGUCUAUCAAGAGGGCAAUGCGUGUGCGCAGUCACUCCAUGGACACAAUGGUGGGCUCUCAGAAGCAUGGCCGCUCUUCUGUAGGGGGAGGAGGAGUGCCCACCAGUCUUAGUGGUGCAGGCUUUACCUAUAGCUCCCCUGAGUGCAAUAAAAAAUCGUGCCCAGCAGCGUCCACUGCUAAAUCUCCUAUUAAAAGCCCAGUAAAGAGACGCUCAGGUCUUUUCCCUCGGUUGUACACCAGCAUGGACGGGCCGCCUGACCGUCAGACACGCAGUGUGUUUUGGGAUCAGAAGAGUCUAGACAAUUGCCACCAGGAGGUUCAAUCGGAGACAUCAUCAAAUCCUAGCUCUCCAGAGAUCUGCCUGUAUAAAGAAAGGCCAUCUCUGAAUUUAAAGGACUGUAGCCGAAGCCCUGAAAUCUCACGCUCCCCUUCUAGCUCCAGCAGUUUCGGCAGUGUACCAGGAGACACAGACGCACCAGAGGAAACGGACCCAAACAAUGCACAUAUUUCUCCAACUUUUUCAUCCACAUGUGGUUCUUCUCUGAGUGUGGAGGGUCAGAGCACAGGAACUCCUGUUAUAAUGUGUCGUAGUCCCACAGAUUUCAAGAACAGGAAUUCCCCCAGGUCUAAUCUUAGGUUUCGCUUCGACAAGCUGAGCCACUCGGCAGUGGGUCAUUAGUGAAAAGACAUUGAAGAACGAUCACAGGCUUUGUAUGGGGUCACACCAGAGACCAGCUGUAAAAGAGGACCACAUUGCACUGAGGAAGAGGGACAAAGACUAAAGCCGAAAUAUUGCUAGGGGCUUAUUGGUCUCCAGUAUAGCAU